AUGGUGCGUCAGGUGCACGACGGUAUGAUGGCGCGAGUCACGGACAACGGAGCUGUCUCAGAGGCAUUCGCAGUGACCAACGGAGUGAAGCAGGGCUGUGUGCUGGCGCCUACCCUCUUCAGUCUUAUGUUCUCUGCCAUGCUGAUGGACGCCUACCGCGAUGAACGCCCUGGAAUCCGCAUCGCCUACAGAACGGUCGGUCAUCUCCUGAAUCAACGGCGCAUGAACUUCCAAUCGCGUAUAUCCACAGCCACCGUGCACGAACUACUCUUCGCCGACGACUGCGCCCUGAACACCACCCCGGAAGAGGAGAUGCAACGGAGCAUGGACCUAUUCUCCGCCGCCUGCGAGAACUUCGGUCUGGUCAUUAACACGUAG